CAACCUACGUAGAACCUAUGCAUGUUUGUAGAGAAUGAGCCAAGCAGCUGGAAACGACGGACAGGCUGUCCCAGAGGGGGAGCCUGAGCACAUGAGCGUGCACACUGAAGCGUCAAGCUUCACACCUCAUCAGGCCUCCGAGCAGGCGGUCCCGGGCGUGGGUCCUGUUCCGGAAGCCGUUCCCAUCAUCCAGCCACAGAUCGCAGCUAACUUCAUUAACUUCCUUCAGCAGAUGGCUGGAGCAUACGAGCAGCGUGGCGACCUCGCAGUUGCCUCACUUCAGGAUUCCGCCUACGACUGGUGGAAACGCGUAGGAGCGGACGUUCCGGAGCCCGUUCAGUGGGCCACUUUUGAUCGACUCUUCCAUGAAGAGUACAUCCCGGAGCACUUCGUCGAGGCGAAGCGAGAGGAGUUCUUGAAGUUCACCCACGGUGAACUCACGCUGCCUGAGUAUCGUCAGAAGUUUGACGAGCUCGCGGGGUUUGGGCAAGACCUCGUACCGACUGUGGAGAAGAGGUGCAAACGCUUCGUGGAGGGCUUACGUCCUGACCUUUCAACUCAUCUGUUCAUUGCCCCACGAAGUGACAUUAACGCGUUGUACAAGAAUGCGUUGGACCUGAAUGCAGCCCUCAUUAAGAAGGCUGAAUUCGAGCAGGCGCAGGGGGCGUCAGCAGCACCAUCCCGUCCUCCUCCACCCCAGAAGGCGGGGACCAGCAGCAAGAGGUCCUUUGCAGCGCCGAGCAGCUCUCACCAGAGCAAGAAGGUGAAGUCAGCCCUAGCUCAGUCAUAUGCGUCCGUGCAAAAGAAGGGCAAGAGCGGAGAUGGGUUUCGCGACCCGAUUUGCGACCAUUGUGGGCGCAGGCACCCAGGGGAGUGUUGGUACACUUUGGGCUUGUGCCUUGGGUGUGGCCAAGCCAGGCAUUUCCGAAAGGAUUGUCCGAAGAAUCCGGGUGAGGCAUUCUCGACCGCACCGGCCGCUUCAGCCCCAGCAGCACAGCCCGCCCAGAGCCAGAAGUCGGCGGCAGCAUCCAGUCAGCCCAAGCGGCAAGCAUCAGGCGCUCAAGGGGGGAAGGCCCCAGCCCGCACUUACGCGAUGCGAGGGCGUACCGAGCAGCCAGCCCAUGACGUCAUCAUGGGUAUGUUUACCUUAUUCGAUACAUCUAUUACAGCUUUGAUUGAUCCGGGUUCCACCCUAUCAUAUGUUUGUAUGCCUAUGCUUGUUGUGCCUAAUCUCCCGAGGGAAAAUUUAGACAACCCAGUAAUUGUGUCCAACCCAUUGGGACAUAGUCUACGACUCACCCAUGUAUAUCACGAUUGCCCAUUAGUGGUCCAGGGAAAGACCUUCCCUGCAAGUCUCAUUGAGCUUCCACAUCGUGAGUUUGAUGUUAUUCUAGGCAUGGAUUGGCUCACCGCCAACCAAGCUGUUGUUGACUGUGGAGCUCAUACUGUUCGACUAAGAGCCGGAGACGGUAGUGACGUACUGAUCCGUGGUGAGCUUCUUCCGAAAGCUCCAGAAUUCAUUUCCUACAUUCAUGCUCGUCGACUCAUUCGCAAGAAGUGUGAAGCAUUCUUGUGCACAGUGCGUGACACACGUCAGGAGGCGCCUAGUAGGGGGGACAUCCCUACGCCUACAUUACAGCAGCGGAUAGCAUCGGCCCAGAGCAGCGAUGAUUUCUGUAUUCAGACCAUUGAGCUCGUCUCUCGAGGAGAGAAGCCAGAUUUCGCAGUUCGGGAUGGUGUCUUGUACUAUCGGGGGCGUAUGGUUGUGCCAACGGGGGAGAAUCUCACGUAUGAGGAGGAGCCGGUUGAGAUUCUGGCUUGCGAGGUUCGUCAGUUGAGGAACAAAACCAUUCCGCUGGUCAAGGUUUUGUGGAGAAGUCACACCGUCGAGGAGGCGACGUGGGAAACCGAGGAAUCCAUGCGCACUCGUUAUCCACAUCUUUUCAAUGACCAGUGAUCAGUGAAUAUAAUGUAUGCGGGCUUCACUACUACUCCGUAAAAAAAAAAAAGAUACCCAUUAGCUUUUUCCUCAUAAAAAACCCUAAAUUCGCAUCGAAUCGUGGUCCUCCGUCCUCCGAGCAGACAUAACAAUGGUGGCGGCGAAGAAGACGAAGAAGACUCAUGAGAGCAUCAACAACAGGUUGGCUCUGGUCAUGAAGAGUGGCAAAUUCACCUUGGGGUACAAGACCGUUCUCAAGUCCCUCAGAAACUCCAAAGAUUCCCAUUGUUUGCUGCAUUUGACAUUUUCACUGCUUG